AAAAAUUGCGAUUUUUAUUGUGUUGAUGAUCGACGAUAAAUAUUUUAUUUAUAUUGUCUGAUGUUUUUACGAAAUAAAAUUUACUGCGAUUGACGAUUACUCUGUCUACUAACUUUGUUGUGUGCGUUUGUGCUUAGUGCAUGAAAAAUGGCACAAUUCAACUACUUGAACGAUUUGAAAAGUUUGGCUACAAUAGAUGGCCCGAUAACUCGUGGCCCUCUUCAGCGAUGGGUGAAGAAGACCAACAAUGAGAAUCACAAUCCAUCGCUAAGCGCAUCAUUCAAAAAUAUAUCGAAUAUCAACCUCAGUACAUGCAACCAGUCCAUGCAAAAGUUGUCGAUAUCCGCCAACCAAAGUUGUAACAAUAGUGUACUCUCCAGUAAUAAAACUCCAACACGAAAUGAAAACAAAAAAGGAAAGAAAACACCCUCUAAGACAAAGAGCCCAGGUCGCUCCACCACUCCCACACCAAACAAAGCCUCCAAGACCCCUAACAAAGCUGACCGAUUCAUUCCAUCCCGAAGUAACUCCAACUAUGACUUGUGCCACUAUAUGAUGAGCCGCGAAGAAGACAAAGGGGAAGAGGUAGUAGCGCAGACGGCUGCCGGUGAAGCCAUCGGUAGGGCUCUCACUGACACAGAGCCGGGGAGACUCCUGCAGUACACCUGUAAGGCCCCUGCCGCUCCGGAGGGCUACCAGAACAGACUAAGAGUAGUGUAUUCACAGGCCAAAGUUCCAUCAUCAGUGAAAAAUACAACAAGAUACAUACCUCAAGCUCCUGACAGGAUUUUGGAUGCACCGGACAUUUUGGACGAUUAUUAUCUAAAUCUAGUAGAUUGGAGUGCUUCCAACAUUCUAGCAGUAGCUUUAGGAAGCUCAGUGUACUUAUGGAAUGCUGGAACGGGGCAAAUUGAGCAACUGCUCACUCUAGAAGGCUCUGAAACCGUCUGCUCUGUGGGCUGGGUUCAAGGUGGUGGCUCCCAUCUUGCUGUGGGAACCUCGUCUGCCACUGUCGAGUUGUGGGAUUGUGAGAGGAUCAAAAGAUUGAGGGUGAUGGACGGGCACACAGGGCGCGUGGGCUCGCUGGCUUGGAACAUGUACAUCGUGUCGUCGGGCGCGCGCGACGGGAACAUCGUGCACCACGACGUGCGACAGCGCGACCACGCCGUCGCCACGCUCGCCGCGCACUCGCAAGAGAUUUGCGGCUUGAAAUGGUCGCCUGACGGUCGAUAUCUGGCAUCUGGUGGAAAUGACAACUUGCUUAACAUCUGGCCUAUUGUCCAAGGGCAGCACUAUUCCCAGCCACAGUACCUGUACUCUUUCAACCAGCACCUGGCGGCCGUGAAGGGGCUGGCCUGGUGUCCCUGGAGCGCGGGCGUGCUGGCGUCGGGCGGCGGCACGGCGGACCGCACCAUCCGCAUCUGGAACGUCAACACCGGCGCCAACCUCAACACCGUCGACACCAAGUCGCAGGUGUGCUCAAUCGUCUGGAGCACACACUACAAAGAGUUAAUCUCGGGCCACGGCUACGCAAACAACCAACUCGUCAUCUGGAAGUACCCGCUUAUGUCUCGAGUGGCCGAGCUCACCGGCCAUAUGGCGCGCGUACUACAUCUUGCACUAUCACCGGACGGAACUACAGUACUGUCUGCCGGCGCCGACGAGACCUUGCGCCUUUGGAAAUGCUUCAUGUUGGAUCCCGCGAAAAAGAAGGAACCCACCGACUCUAAAGCAGCUAAGUCAUUACUAAAUCUCAAUUCAUUGAUUAGGUAAAACUACUUGGAUGCCAUUAAUUAAUGCUUGACUGCUAGGUGAACUAGAAUGACUGAAAUAAUAAUGUGAUCUUUACAAUUAUUGUUAGUAAGCUAGUUUUUAACUAACCACUGUUGGUUUUGUCAACAAUUUAGAUAUUUUAUCUAUCAAUGUCUAUUGUUGUAUGUUUUUCAAAUCUCUGUGAUUAAUCUAAAACUUAAUUCUAUGUAAUCAUGACAUCAUAUUAAUUUCGGUUCUAUUCAAUUUGACGCUGUUUUGAUAAAGUGUAGAUUUACGUGACGCGCGGUAUUGGGAAGAUAUUUAGAUCAUCUUAUGUUUUAGACGAGCGUGAGAAGUUGAGGUUGUAAAAUGUGGAUCGCGACGUUUCGUUUCUUUUCUCGAGUCCGCCUUUUUCUGACUUUCGUGUUUCGUUUUCUUCUUAUCUUCGAUACCUUUAGCUUAGUUCUAUGACAACAUUUCAUCACCUCGGCUUCUUUGUUUUAAGUACUUUGUAAAACUAUUAUGCGCCUCUUACCUCAUUUUAUUGUGAACACUUUCUACAUUUAAGUAUGAAAUGAAUUUUGAUUUUAUUGUAACCUUGUCUUUGAUCUAAUAAAGUAUUUGAUAUUUAAA